UGAGCCCCCAAAAGUUGAGCCCCCAAAAGUUGAGCCCCCAAAAGUUGAGCCCCCAAAAGAGCCCCAAAAAGUUGAGCCCCCGAAAGUGACCCCCAGUAAGGGACCCACCCUGAGAAAGAGGACGCUUCCAGCAGAACCCCCGCCGAUGCCCAACGGGCUGAAAGCUCAGAAGGCCAAGCCUGUGGUGGAGUAUAAGCCUUACAAAUCCAGGCCCAAGUACUCCUUUGAUGACUUUGAAUGUGAUGACGAGCCGAAACCCACAGUGCAGAAGGCAGCAGUGAGACCUACAGCUACUACUAUUCAGAGGGCAGCAGUUAAACCUACCGCCGUUCAGCGGGCAGCAGUGAGACCUACCGCCGUUCAGAGGGCAGCAGUGAGACCUACCGCCAUUCAGAGGGCAGCAGUGAGACCUGCCGCCGUUCAGAGGGCAGCAGUGAGACCUGCCGCCGUUCAGAGGGCAGCAGUGACACCUGCCGCCGUUCAGAGGGCAGCAGUGACACAUGCCGCCGUUCAGAGGGCAGCAGUGACACAUGCCGCCGUUCAGAGGGCAGCAGUGAGACCUGCCGCCGUUCAGAGGGCAGCAGUGACACCUGCCGCCGUUCAGAGGGCAGCAGUGACACCUGCCGCCGUUCAGAGGGCAGCAGUGACACCUGCCGCCGUUCAGAGGGCAGCAGUGACACCUGCCGCCGUUCAGAGGGCAGCAGUGACACCUGCCGCCGUUCAGAGGGCAGCAGUGACACCUGCCGCCGUUCAGAGGGCAGCAGUGACACCUGCCGCCGUUCAGAGGGCAGCAGUGACACCUGCCGCCGUUCAGAGGGCAGCAGUGACACCUGCCGCCGUUCAGAGGGCAGCAGUGACACCUACCGCCGUUCAGAGGGCAGCAGUGACACCUACCGCCGUUCAGAGGGCAGCAGUGACACCUACCGCCGUUCAGAGGGCAGCAGUGACACCUACCGCCGUUCAGAGGGCAGCAGUGACACCUGCCGCCGUUCAGAGGGCAGCAGUGACACCUGCCGCCGUUCAGAGGGCAGCAGUGACACCUACCGCCGUUCAGAGGGCAGCAGUGACACCUGCCGCCGUUCAGAGGGCAGCAGUGACACCUACCGCCGUUCAGAGGGCAGCAGUGACACCUACCGCCGUUCAGAGGGCAGCAGUGACACCUACCGCCGUUCAGAGGGCAGCAGUGACACCUACCGCCGUUCAGAGGGCAGCAGUGACACCUACCGCCGUUCAGAGGGCAGCAGUGACACCUACCGCCGUUCAGAGGGCAGCAGUGACACCUACCGCCGUUCAGAGGGCAGCAGUGACACCUACCACCAAUCAGAGGGCAGCAGUGACACCUACCACCAAUCAGAGGGCAGCAGGGAGACCUACACCUACCACCAUUCAGAGGGCAGCAGGGAGACCUACACCUACCACCAUUCAGAGGGCAGCAGGGAGACCUACACCUACCACCAUUCAGAGGGCAGCAGGGAGACCUACACCUACCACCAUUCAGAGGGAAGCAGGGAGACCUACACCUACCACCAUUCAGAGGGAAGCAGGGAGACCUACACCAGUGUCCGAAAAUGGCAAACAUGAAGACUCAAAACCUACCGUGCAGAAGCCAGAAAACAGGGGUCAGAAAACAGUAGGAUCUACCGUGCCGAAAACAGGACAUAUCACACAGAAAACAGUAGGACCUACUGCGCAGAAUACAGUACCAACUGUACAGAAGGCUGUAGAGAUACCAACCCCUAUGUCCAAAAAUGGUAAACAUGAGGACUGCAAACUUACUGUACAGAAUGCAGUAGUACCUACCGUACGCAAGGCAGACAUGCCUAGACCCAGUGUACAGAAGGCAGCGGUGGUACCUAUAUCUUCCCCCAAAACGGAGCAGAAAGCAGAAGCACCACCUACGGCCAAAACUGGCGAAGAUGAGGAUACCAUAGCACCAGUGUCCUCCCCUCCCUCUGAAGAGCCCCCAAGAGAUUCUGUUGACAAAGAGCAGUGUGAAGAAAAGCCUGCUGAAUGUCUCUUAUCAGUUACUGAGAUUAAACCCGCAUCCCCAGAGGACAAGACAACAACAGAGAAUGCCGUUGACUCUGGGGUGGUUCAAUCAGCAGGUAAUAGCAGUCCCCUCUCUGACGAACGUCUGCAGAAAGAAAUCAAGAAACUAAAGGAGACCGACAAAGACGGAAAUCAAGCCAUUAUUGAUGCAGGGCAGAAGCACUUUGGCCCAGUAACCUGCAGUGUGUGUGGGAUGCUGUAUUCCGCUGCCAACCCAGAGGAUGAAUCCCAGCAUUUGCUCUUCCACAACCAGUUCACCAGUGCUGUCAGAUAUGUGGGGUGGAAGAAGGAGAGGAUUUUGGGGGAGUACCCCGAUGGCAAGAUCAUUCUUGUCCUUCCAGAUGACCCCAAAUAUGCACUGAAGAAGGUUGAGGAGAUUAGAGAGAUGGUGGACAAUGACCUGGGCUUCCAGCAGGUUGAGACCAAGUGUCCCUCCCAGACUAAAACCUUCCUGUUUAUCUCCAAUGACAAGAAGGUAGCUGGUUGCCUUAUCGCUGAGCACAUUCAGGAGGGCUACAGGGUCAUUGAGGAAGCGGUGCCCGAGGGCUCAGAGGGAGAGAAGGUGAUGUUUGAGCGUCAGAGAGCCUGGUGCUGUUCCACCAACCCAGAGCCAGCCCUCUGUGGCAUCAGCCGCAUCUGGGUCUUCAGCAUGAUGAGACGGAGGGGCAUCGCCUCACGCAUGAUCGAGUGUCUCAGGAACAACUUCAUCUACGGCUCCUACUUGAGCAAGGAGGAGAUCGCUUUCUCCGACCCCACGCCCGACGGGAAGCUCUUUGCUACACACUACUGUGGCACCUCGCAGUUCCUGGUUUAUAACUUUGUCAGUGGAAUUCGUUCAGACCAACCAAGUCCUAAUUUGGUGUAACCAAUCGCAUCAAGGUGGAUUUUUGUUGAGGCCCAGCGACUCCUCACCAACCAAUCUUGUCGUGGACAUCCUGUCACAAGCACAUUGUGGCUCUUUUAGACUGAACGUUUAGACUCAUCAAAGACUACUGUACUGACUCUUCUGAGGGGAAAUCUUGGUUUUUAAUCUCAGGUUGAAAACAACAAGGUGUUGUUUAAAAGAUUUAAAAUCUCCCUUUAAUCCCUGCAUAGUAUUUUGAGACAAAUAAUAUUUUUAUUUAUGUUUUUUAAAUAAGAAACAAGCUUUUAUUGGCAGUAUUAAAGAGUUUACAUGCAUUAAGCUUGACAGCAAUAGAAAACAGAGCAUUUCACAAUUCAUAGAUUUAGAAGAUCUACUUAAUUUUACUCAAACGGUUCUAAAACAAUGUCCUGUUCUAAUAAUGCUUUUCAUUCAUGUUGAGCAUCUUAAAAACUGUUAGAAGUUGCUAAUAUUAAGAUGAGGUGUCAUGUGUACACAAGGGGUUGUUCUUACACACUUCCAUGUUCAUCAUCUCUUUACUUUUAAUGAAGGGAUGUGUUGACCACCUGAUGUUCCAUUAUGUGAUACAGAGUACAUUAUUGUUAAGGUCACUCUCACUGAAUUUAUCAGAAUGUGGUGGUUUGAUUCUGUUUAGUGAAGUUUUCACUCACCAAUUUCUUCACUUCAUGAUCGUUCUAAGUCUUGUUGCCAUGUGUCCUAAUCAUGUCCAUUAUUAAAAUGGAGAGUCCUAUUUGGGAUAGUUAUCCUCCUUAGGCAGUAAGUUGCAUGGACUAGCAGGAAGGUAAUAAUGGUUGGAUUUCUGUAUGGGGCAUUUUUCUGUAGUGCUUCUAGUCAAGGCUCUUUACCCAAGUUGCCUCAGAAAUAUAUCUAACUGCAGAACUGUUAAAUGUGAGCUGUGAUAUAAGUGAAUUGGUAAGGCAGUGAGCAUUUGCUCGUUUCUGCCUGUGUAUGUUUGUGCCUGCCAUGAAUCAUAAACCUCAACCUGACUUAGAUUUCACUGACAGACUGUUCGUACUGUAGACUCCCUCAAAUGUUCUCAUCCAAACUGCCCUUAUUUGAAGCCCCCCCCUCUGAAAUCACCAUUUCUAAUAAUUGACCAUUUCUUCUAUUGGCAGAAAGUUUUAUUCACAUUUAGGACCUCAUUGAUAAGACAUUAAGAGUUAAAAGUAAAUCACGUAAUAUGAAUAAUAUAAAUGUAAUUGAAAGGGUUUAAAAGCUCAGGGUUAUUUGUUUUUUGAGGGAGUUGAAAACACCAUCCAUGUCAAAGGUGAUUAUCACAGCAAACCAAGGGACAGUUGCUCAGCCAUCAAAAAGGGUUGUGAGUCAUACAUUUUCUGGUAUCAAUGAUUUAUUCAUCACAUUGCCCUUCAUUUUGAAACAUUUUCUUUUAGAAAUAUUGUGGGUCAUGUAAGAAAACACUUUUGAUUUAUAAAGAGCUGUCAUGUAAAUAGUUAUUUAAAAAUAAAAAACUAUCCUGCCCUG